AAUUUUUAGAGUUGAAUGUUUCAAUUUAGUUCAAUUCAGAAUGUUUUGACUGCUUAAACGGUGAGGAGCUUGCGUUUGAGACGAAAUGGCUGAUAAUCAAACAAAGAUAAUUGUUGGAACAGCCAUAGCGUUAACAACAACAGCGGUUGGAGUUGCUGCAUAUUUGUAUCAAAGAAAUGCCCCCGAGUCGAUUCCGACAAAAUGGAAAAAGGUCGGUCAACUCAGUGAAUUAUAUUGUUACCCUGUGAAAUCAUGCGGUGCAAUAAAGCGCGACUCAUUCGAUUGUCAUGUGCUUGGACUGCGAUGUGAAAAUCUGUUUGACCGCUGUUUUGCUGUUUCACUUAACAAUAAACAGAUUUCGGGUCGAACUUAUCCGAAAAUGUGGCUUAUUCAACCGAGAGUUGAAGGCAAUCAACUCAUUUUAUCAGCACCAAACCAAAGUGAUUUGGUCAUAAAUUUAGACACAUUGAAAGACUUGCCAAUUAAUAAUGAAAUAGAGCUGUGGUAUUGUGAAGUUGGCGGCGUUGAUGCUGGUCAAGAAGCAGCUGAUUGGCUAUCGAAUUUUAUUGAUGAAAAGCUGGGAAGCGUUCGCUUGAUUUACUAUCCACAUUCGUAUGCAGCGAAAGUCAAACCAAAAAUAGCAAACAAAUACAAGGCGUACAAAGAUUCAGACACUGGCAGCUAUCAGGAAGAAACCAGCUACUUACUUAUAAACCAAGCAUCGAUCGAUGAAUUAAACACUAACUUCGAUCAUGUGGUCGUACCGUUACAAUUUCGACCGAAUUUAGUUGUGCAAGGAUCGACAGCUUACGAAGAAGACAAUUGGAAAUGGAUUCGAAUUGGUGAAAAUGUUAUAUUUCGUGGAUUAAAACGUUGUCCACGGUGCAUAUUUACAACUGUAAAUCCGGAGACAGCCGAGCGCAAUCCACAACUUGAACCAUUAAGAACAUUAAAAAAGACACGUCCUUCACUAGAUGGCAUGCCUUAUAUGGGCCAAAAUUUGGCAAUACGUGUACCAGGAACGAUUUCAAUUGGCGAUUUCGUUUACAUCAACGACGACAGUGAAGCUUGAACAUUUACAUUUUUUGGAUUGAAUUAAUUUAUUUUCAAAAUAUAGGUAGUAAAAAUAUAGUAUUGCAUUGUUUUAUGAUGUAUGGAAAAUGUCGACUUGAAUUAAAAUGAGUUUUGAUACAUGUUUCAAUGUAACGGAGAGUUAUGCAAGAUGUAGUGAAUGUACAUUUUUCAUUU